AUGUCAUCUGAUGACCACGUCUCUUCUUGUAGAAAGAACAGCAACAUCGCCAAGCAGACUGCCGCCGACUACAUCUGGGGCGAGAAAUCAUGGGAUGAUAGAAAGACGCGUUUGGCCGAUGCUCUCUUGUCCACCGGACCCUUAGAUAUCUGGGGUGCCCAAGAAGUGCUUUCUGCUCAACUGAGCGACCUCGCUUGGUUGUUUGGUUCUGAUUACGGCCACGUGGGUGUGGGACGCGACGACGGCAAGGAAGCGGGCGAGUUCAGUCCGAUCUUCUACAAUUCGACAAAGUUUGAUGUGGUCAGGUGGAACACUACUUGGUUGUCGACCACUCCUGACGUUCCCGGAUCUAUCGGCUGGGAUGCAGGUCUCACUCGUAUUGCCACCCUCCUUACGUUGAGGUACAGAGACGGUGACCAGGAAGGCAAGCUGGUACACGCUUUCAAUACUCAUUACGACGAUCAGGGUGUCGAGGCUAGGGCCAACAGCAGUCUCUUGCUCCGAGCGACCAUCAAGCAGUGGGUCGAUGAUGUCGAGCAGGCCGAGAACGCUGGCGGCGAUGCGCCUGUCGUCUUCUUUGGUGAUUUCAACUCACCACCUGAAGAAGAUGGCUAUCAGAAUAUGGUCUCGCUUUCACCUCUCCCCUCUGGCAACGCCUCCUUCACCUUCCUAGACACAUACACCCACCUCCUCACAUCCACAUCAAACUCGUCCCUCUCAUCCACUUACGGUCCUCUCCAAACCCGACCUUACGGCCCAGCGCACACCUACACAGGCUUUGAAGCUCCAGGUUACAACAUGACCAAGCGAAUCGACUUUAUCUUGCUCGGCGCUGAGCUUGACGAAGCGCAGCAAGGGGGUGGAUGGGGCGCGAGAGGGGGGUGGGAGGUGAGCAGGUUUGGGGUGGUGGAAAAUUAUGUGGAGGGGGAUGUUGAUGGGUUUAAUGCGAGGUGGAGUGAUCAUAGGGCUGUGAGAGCUACUAUUGCCAAGCAGACUAGUUCUUGA